GAUAUUGAACCGAGUGACUAAAAUGCCCACACCAACGGCAGCAAUAUGGGUAAAGUUCUUUACGAAUGCAAACAUUCCCUCGCCGGCGGCCGCUACGUACGCGCACGUAUUUGUCGAAAAUCGUAUCCAGAUGGACAUGCUGAUGGACCUGAACAAGGAGUACUUGCGCGAGAUGGGCAUCACGACGAUGGGCGACAUCAUAGCGAUCCUGCGCCACGCUAAGAAAGUACACGAACAGAGCGCUAGAGACAGGGUGUUGUCCGUGCCGGAUGGAGCGGAUGGUAGUGGUCUGCCGGUGGCAACGAUAUCCGCAACACAGAGUACCAGCUCGGUUAGCAAUGGGAAAAAAACGGAAAAGAGUGGAGUGACGAGAACUGUAUCAUCAGCCAUAACAGCGAAGAGUGAACCGAAACCACGACGCGUACUGCCGGAACAUGAAGGAAAGUAUAAAAUCACUCUCCCCUCCGGCAACACUCCUCGAAGCAAAGAAAUCCUCGAGAAAAAGGCACAGGAAACCAAACCAACCAGCAGCGUGGUUAGUGUGUCUUCCGCCCCGAAGCAGGGCACCAAGCGGGGAAGCAUUUUUGACCGACUGAACUCCAGCGACAGCGAACCACCGAGCAAACUAAGCCCGAAAACACAAACAGUCCAGCUGAUAUCUUCCUCCAUAUCGAGUUCCAUCUUUUCCCGGCUCGGUGAUCGGCAAGCCAACGACAACGGAUGCACGUCGUUCCCGACCAUACGCAGCGCAGCAUCAAACGUGUUGAAAACAACCAACAUCACCAACGGCAGUUCCUCCGUGCUAGCAAAAAUCCCUCCCGUACAGCAGAAGGUGAUUCUGGUUAAAAAGAUGCCAGCUAAAGCGGCCCUGCCGACCUCCUCGGAAGACGAGGAUAUGUCUGAGUAUCCAGCAGCAUUUGGUGGAAGUGGUUGUAUAAAGUCAGUUUCGUUUUCCGAGGAGGACGAAGUACUUGAAAUUGCUCCGAGAAAGUCACACAAACCACUAACUGUCCCCGGUUCGUCUGGCGGUCGGUUGAAGUUUAACGAACAGGAAAUCUCCAUCAAGCAACGCCUGGGAGGUGGUAGAAUGGGAAGCAGUUCUGCUGCCACUGCCUUCCACGGUACGAAGAAGGUGGUGCACAUGAAACCACAGCCGAAGAUAUCCCCUGUGCGGAGUGGGCUGAAAUCCGAUUCGAUUGGAGGGUCACGUAAUAAACAGCCGAUUAAAGCACGGCUCAGUUUGGGCUCGCCGAUGGCCUCAAGCACCAAGCCGAUUGUGAAACGGAUGGAAAGAUUCAGUCUCGAUUCGAAGAUAACGAAAGUUCGACGCAGUGCACCGGUGGCCAGUAGUAGUAAUAGUGGCACAGUGUUCGAUCGACUAGGGUACAGCCGUAAGUGA